CAGACGGAAGCCGACUUGGCACAUAAAAAACGUUUUGAGAAAUGGCGGCUGCUGAAGAUAGUAACUGUAUACAGAAUCCCAGCGGUUCAGAGGCUCCGAAAUUGUCGGAUUUACUAGACCGGGGCUGGAAACUGUAUGACGAGGUGGACAGCACGAAUGAAUCGAGCAGCUCAAACGCGGUGCAGGUGAAAGUGAAGCGCGGCAUCAUGCAGCUGGAGGAGGCGACGAGGAUGGUCAGUCAGCUGGACCUGUUCAGUCGUAACGAGGCACUGGAGGAAAUGGCCACAGCUGAUGUGAAGUACCUUCUGUUGCCGGCUCUGCUGGGCGCUCUCACUAUGAAACAGGUGAAUCCCAACAAAAGACUGGAGCAUGUGCAGACAGCCCGUGUCUACUUCAUGGACUUCCUGGAGAGAUGCAAGGAAUAUGAAGUGUGCAGUUUCCAGCUGCCCAGAUCCAAUGAGAACAAAGCGGACACUCCCACUGAGGAGCAGCCAAAUCCAGUUGUCCCAUUGCCAACAUCACAGCCAGACCUUAUUGCCAUGGCAACACAAAGACAAGCCAAAAUAGAGAGGUUUAACCAGCGUAAGGAAACAGAGUCCAAGCUGUGUGAGAUUAGAGGGCUGGUGGAGUCCGGCUCAGCCGAAGAAGACAUGGUGAGAGAUUUUUACCUGCUGCACGUGCGCAGGUGGAUCACACUAGCACUGGAGGAGAUCGACUCCAUUGACCAGGAAAUAGAGAUACUGAAACGGAUGGAGGCUUUCAAGCAGAGCGGGCCUCAGCCAUCUCCACCGAAAAGACCACCCAUGAAGCCUUUUAUCCUGACUAAGGAUGCUGUGCAGGCAAAAGUGUUUGGUGCAGGGUAUCCCAGCCUUGCCACUAUGACCGUUGAUGACUGGUAUGAGCAGCACAGACGACAGGGCUGUUUACCUGAUCAGGGUGUACCCCGCAGCGCAGCUGAUGGUAAUGCAGAGGAGGAUGAGAGAGCAGAAAGAGAGAGAAAGGAAGAGAAUGAUGAUAAAGAGGCAUUGCAGAAGGCACGUGACUGGGAUGAUUGGAAGGACACACAUCGGAGAGGAUAUGGCAACCGCAAGAACAUGGGCUGAUCUCUCUCUCACACUCACACACACACACACACACACACACACACACACACUGUUCCCACAAAUAAACUUCUCCCAAUGCUGCCAAUAUGUGAAAUGGACACAACAGAGAAUGGCACUGUUGUGUUUAAUUAAUUUGGUUACAUGUUUUCUAAACUGAGUUUACGUAUUUGACAUUCUUUUUAUAAGGCUAUUUAAUUCUUAAAUUUUGGUGAGCUGUAAUGAGACCUUAACCCCUAGAGCAUCUAUUGAGAUUGAAAAUAAAGGUGGCUGCGUUAGUCUCUUUGCAUAUCUCUACUUCACUCUUUCCUAUAUUAGUAAACAUUUGUCUUUUCAUGAAUGUUGUUUUGAGUUCAACAUUUGUGCUGUAAAUGAAUCCCGGUUUCAGUAUUUUUGGAUCAUCUAACUGAAGUUUCCCUUAUACUGUCAGUACCUGUUAGCUAUUUUUGUCAGAAUCAGCCCACUCAUAAGAUUGUUGUCACCCAUACAGUUACAGUUAUGUGCUAUUUGAUUUGAAGCUCGUUAAGGUUGCAUGUUAUUUAGCUGUUAGCAAAUACUUGUAAGACUCAAUGUCAUUUUCAGUUUCCAGCAGAGACGAGCAGCUGGAACCAGAAUCAGCACUUGCCUGGACCCUGACACUGGUUAAUGAGGUUCAGAAUGGCUGAAGAAACUGUUUGAAAAUUUGGAACAAAAUGUCUAGACUGCCUUUUUAUUCUUAAAUGUAUUUAUUACAUUAUCUGGAACUUCUCUUGUUCACUCUCUUUGAAAAUAUUUGUAAGGUGAACCCCUGCCUCCUGAGUAAACCUAAAGGAAAGUUA